UUAACCCUCAGGUGGAUUUUCUGAGCACUCACAGCUGACUCCUCGUCGCCCCCCCCCCAAAUAUUUUCAUCUGGCUAGGAUUUGGGCACUUCCCCCACCCCAUAAUAAUCUAUGCAGCGAGGCAGCCGCAGCAAUCUGUGCACAGCAGCAGGGGGUUUGAAGAGCUGCUUUGCUCUCCAGCACACACCCAGGAAUGUGCAAGGCAUUCAUUUAUUUGAUCUGCUGAGCUCCUCCAAGGAAAAGGUGUUGAAAGAGAUAUGGGGAAAGUGCUCACCGAAUGUCAAUGGGCAGAGAGUUCCAAAGAGAAGACGCUGCCAUACUGAAGGAUCGAUUCCUUGCAGGUGCAGAAUGGACAUGAUGUGGCACUUAUAAAAGUGCCAAUCCUGCAGAUUGAAUCAGCUGAGUGGGCACAUAUGGGCAGAAGAGGCGCCACUGUCAGCUUCUGGGUCCUUUCCUCUGUGUGGUGAAGUGAGAAAACGCCACUAUGCAGCCAACCCAGGUCCCCGUGUCCUUUGAGGAGGUGGCUGUACAUUUCACCAAGGAGGAGUGGGCCUUGCUGGGUCCAGGCCAAAGGGUUCUGUACAGGGAAGUCAUGCUGGAGAAUUAUGGCGAAAUAGCCUUUCUCGACGGGCCUCUGAUUCCUCGGCCUCGCCUUAUCUCCUGGCUGGAAGAAGAGGAAAUGGAAUUGGUCCAGGAGAAACAGGCAGGCACUGGAAAAACAUUGGCAGCAUGUUCCAGAUCCUCUCUUCUCUGUGGAGAAGUAGAAAGAGCUGCAGUGCUCUCAGUUCAGGCCUUAGUAUCCUUUGAGGAGGUGGCUAUUCAUUUCACCCGGGAGGAGUGGGCUCUGCUGGAUCCAGACCAACAAGCUCUGUACAAAAAAGUCAUGCUGGAGAAUUAUGGGGAAGUGGCUUCCCUGGAAGGACCUCUGAUGCCUGAAUCUGACCUCCUCUCCUGGCUUGAAGGAAAGAUCUUUACCCAAGACAGAUUGGCAGGGGAUACAUGGGAGACAGCAAAUGAUAGUGACGCACAUCACAUUUCGGAGAACAGUGAAAUAUACUUGGUUGUGGAAGAGGAUGUUGGGAAUAAAGAUGGAAUGAAGAGGCAGGAGGGAAACCAAAGAAAUAAAGAGGAGAAUAAAUCCAUUCCUUGUCCUGAUGUUGACUUCUGUGAAAUCUCAAUCCAUCAAAACAAACACAAAGGAGACAUGCAAGAGUGCCCAGCAUGUGUAAAAAGGUUUGCUUGUAAAUCAAUCAUUGGUAACCAUUGGAAAACCCAAACAGAGAAACCAUAUGAAUGUCUGGAGUGUGGGAAAAGCUUCACUCACAGCUCAAUACUUACUUCACAUCAAAGAAUCCACACAGGGGAGAAACCAUUUAAAUGCCCAGAGUGUGGAAAGACCUUCAGUCAGAGCUCAAGCCUUACUUUACAUCAAAGAACUCACACAGGGGAGAAACCAUAUAAAUGCCUGGAGUGUGGAAAAAGCUUCACCCACAGAGGACACCUUACUUCCCACCAUAUAUCUCACACAGGAGAGAAACCAUAUAAAUGCCUGGAGUGUGGGAAGAGCUUUAGUCAAAGUGGAACACUUAAAAUACAUCAAAGGAUCCACACAGGUGAGAAACCGUAUGAAUGUCUUGAGUGUGGAAAGAACUUCAGUUACAGCUCAAGCCUUACUUUCCAUGAAAGGACCCACACAGGAGAGAAACCAUAUGAAUGCCUGGAAUGUGGAAAGAGCUUUGCCCACAGGGCACACCUUACUUCCCACCGCAUAUCUCACACACAGGAGAAACCAUUUCAAUGCCUGAUGUGUGGAAAGAGCUUCAAUCAGAGGACAAAUCUUACUACUCACCAGAAAAUUCACACAGAGGAGAAACCAUUUCAAUGCCUGGAGUGUGGAAAAUGCUUCAGUCAGAGAUCACACCUUAUCUCCCAUCAGAGAAACCAUACAGGGGAAAAACCAUUUAAAUGUCUGGAGUGUGGAAAGAGCUUUAGUCAGAGGAGAAAUCUUACCUCCCAUCAAAUAAUCCACACAGAGGAGAAACCCUUUAAGUGUCUGGAGUGUGGAAAGCGCUUCAAGCGGAGUGGAGACCUUGCUUCACAUCAAAGAAAUCACACAGGAGAAAAACCAUAUACGUGCAUAGUGUGUGGAAAGAGCUUCAGGCAGAGGUCAACCCUUACUUCACAUCAAAGAAUCCACACAGGAGAGAAACCAUAUGAAUGCCUGGAGUGUGGAAAGUGCUUCAGGCAGAGUGGAGACCUUACUUCACAUCAAAGAAACCACACAGGGGAGAAACCAUAUAAAUGCAUAGGAUGUGGAAAGAGCUUCAGGAAGAGCUCAAAUCUUACGUCACAUCAAAAAACUCAUACAGGGAAGAACUGUGUAAAAGUCUUGUGCAUGGAAACAGCUUCAGUGUGAAUGGUAGCCUUACUUCACAACAGAUAACCCAUAAAGAGCAUAAGACAUUGAAAUGCCUGGAAUGUGGAAAAAGCUUUUGUGUGAACAGUUGUCUUACUUUACAUCAAAGAACUCGCACGGGGGGAGGAACCAUAUGAAUGUCCGCGUGUGGAAAGUGAUUCGGUGUGAGCGGUAGCUUUAUUUUACUUCAGGGGUUCCACACUGGUCCACGAGCUUAGUUCAGGUGGUCCAUGGCAUGUUUCUGGAUUUGUGGUCAAAGAUGGGAGACGGCUCAUCCAUUGCACAAAAUAUCCAUAUUGAUCUUUAAAUGCAUUUCUGUUGCUGCAUUUAUUUCUUACAAUGUUUUAUUGUGUUACCGUUUGAAUUCUAUGGAAAUAAGAAAUUUAUCAGAAAUAAAAGAAGUAAUCAAAAUGUAGUUUAAAAUCAUGAAGCCUCUAGCACCCCAAACUGCAAUUGCUACAACAGGCAGGAAAAAGAUCAUUAACCCCUCAGUGGAUUUCAAGUGGUCUGCAGAGGACAAAGUUUGGGUAGCACUGCUUUUCAUCAACGAGCUCACAAAGAGGACAAACCAUUUAAAUGUGUGGAAAGAGUUUCCAUGCCUUACUUCACAUCAAGGAAUCCACACAGGAGAAACUGUAUGAAUCUUUGGAGUGUGGAAAGAGCUUCUGAGCGGUAGCCUUACUUUACAUCAAAGAGCCCACAAAGAGGAGAAACCAUUUAAAUGCCUGGAGUGUGGAAAGAGCUUUUGUGUGGGUAGUAACCUUGCUUCACAUCACAGGACCCACAUGGGAGAAACCAUUUAAAUGCCUGGAGUGUGGAAAGAGCUUCAGGCAAAGGGCUAUACUUGCUUCACAUUACAGAAACCACACACAGGAUAAACCAUAGAAGAUGGAGAAACCAUAGAGUCUGGAAAGAGCUUCAUCUGGAUACAUGUACUUCAUAUCAUAGAACCCACACGGGAGAAACUAUUUAAAUGCCUGGAGUGUGGAAAGAGCUUCAGGCGAAGGGCUAUAGUUGCUUCACAUUACAGAAACCACACACAGGAUAAACCAUAGAAGAUGGAGAAACCAUAGAGUCUGGAAAGAGCUUCAUCUGGAUACAUGUACUUCAUAUCAUAGAACCCACACGGGAGAAACUAUUUAAAUGCCUGGAGUGUGGAAAGAGCUUCAGGCGAAGGGCUAUAGUUGCUUCACAUUACAGAAACCACACACAGGAUAAACCAUAGAAGAUGGAGAAACCAUAGAGUCUGGAAAGAGCUUCUUCUGGAUACAUGUACUUCAUAUCAUAGAACCCACACAGGAGAAACUAUUUAAAUGCCUGGAGUGUGGAAAGAGCUUCAGCUGAAGGCACAUGUUUGCUGCACAUCUCAGAAGCCAUUCAGAGGAGAAACCAUAGAGAUGUGUCGAAAGAGCUUGACCAAGAGCCUGAAGCUUAUGUCCUGUGUGGAAAGAGCUUUAGCCCGAGUGAACACCUUACUUUACAUCAAAGGAAUCGUGCUGAAAAGAAGCUAUCAUCAAAUCUUCCUUUCAGUGAACAGAGGAGAAACCUAUUAAUGUUACUAAACAUCAGAGAAGUCGCAAGAAGAGAAACCUUAGAAAAGCUCUGUCUGUGGCUAAAGCUCCUGUGGUAAACAUUUUUAUGAUUAUGCUUUUCAAUCUAUAUGUACUUGUGCUACUGGAGAAUCAGUAUUCCCCAUAGUAGAGGGUAGUGUGAAUACACUGUAUCUUGCUCCCAGGAACAGAGUAGUGAGUAUGUGACAGAGAAUGUAUUGGUUAUAAAUGUUUUCUGUAAAGCAUGGUUUACAAAAAAACGGCAACAAAAACAACAGCAAAUACUCUCUAAACAGAAAACCAAACCAUGCAAUUGAAGUGAGCAUUGACAAACUGGGCCACUGUGGAAAGGAGUUUAUAACCUAAACAACAGACAAGAAAAUAUCACUGCCCCUGCUACAGCCAUCGCUGCCCUCUUUGUUCUGCCCUGAAAUGCCUGUGAAGUUUGAACUCAUUCACGACGGUCAGCAGGAACAAGAGCAACUCUAAGUUUGGGGGGGGACUUGAGCAAAGAGUCCUGUGGUUGUGGUGGAAAUGUUUCAAGCAGAUUGCUAUUUUUUUAAAAAAAAAUCCAAUGUUUAUAAGAUGAUUACAGGAAGUCCUUCACAACCUUUAGUCGUCCAUACCAGUGUGGCAGCUAAGAAUUUAUUUUUCAUUCUUUGGUUUAGUUAUUUUAGAAUUCUUAGAGGGUUAGGUUGACCCAAUACUUGUGGGAUGGGGGUGGGAAGGAAUAUAUUUGGCUAAAUGGUACAGGCUAGUUUAUUGGCAUUUCUCACAGAAGUUCACGUAAUAUGCUUUAGCCGUUGUCUUUAUUGCUUUUCAUACAGUCUCACACUUUAGCUAUUUUAGCAUUAAUCAUUUUAUACAUGUUAUUCAUCUAUUCACACAUUUGAUUUCCGAGCUUAUAUACUUCUGCCAUUUAUAUGCUAUGAUUUUAAUAAAUAUCUCAAAUUCAUUUUAAUUAUAACCUGACACUCCUACAAAUGUCUGGUUGCAGUCUCCUUUAUCUCACUGGAUUAAAAACAAAUCCUAGGAUUGUAAUCAGCUAUUUUUUACUCACGGUAUACCCACUGAAAUUCCUUUCUUUCUUUUACCCCUCCCCUGU